UGACGUAGAGGAAGAGGUUUCAAUCGGUGAAGAAUAUCUCUCAGAAAAAGAGAAAAAUGUUGAGGAGGAAAAAGAAGCAAUAUCAGAUGAAGAAACCAAGCAUCAUGAAGAAAAGGAAGUGAAAACAGCGCCAGAAUUUGCUAACGAACUCUCCGACAUCAAGACAAUUGAUGGCGGCAAAGCUCACUUUGAGGUCGUUGUCACGGGAUACCCGAAACCUGAGGUCAUCUGGCUGAAGGAUGACAACCUGGUGGAAGAGACCGAUGAUAUCCAAAUGUCACAGGAAGGCAACGUAUUUACCUUAACGAUUCCCGAUGUAUACCCAGAGGACAAAGGCCGAUACACGGUUGUGGCGAAGAACGAAGUCGGAUCUGUCACUUCUUCAGCAGUUUUGUUUGUGGAAGCUGAAGAAGAGGAGUUAAUUCCACCAGCGUUCUCCCAGAAACCCAAAUUCCAGACUGUGGAUGAGGGUGCCACCGUGACCUUUACUGCCAAGGUCAUCGCUAUACCUGCAGCUGAUAUAUACUGGACCCACAAUGGCGAACAAGUGGCUGACGAUGAUAUUCAUACAGUAGAGGUUAUCACAGAAGAAUCCGUUGUUACAACGACCUUGACCCUACAAGAGGUCACGCCCCAGGAGGCAGGCACCUACAAAUGUAUCGCCAUCAAUGACGCAGGAGAGGAGACUGUGUCUGCUUCACUCAUUGUCAAAGAGGCUCCUGUACAGAAGGACCUGAGGAGUCAGCUGAAACGUGAAGUGACAACAAAGGUUGGAUACAAGAAGGCUGUAGAACACAAAGACUUCAGGGGUAAUCUUCAGACGCAUGUGCAAACCAAGGAAGGAGUGCGCACGGACGCUGAACAAGUAGAUUUCCGCACUACUCUUACUAACAAAAUCAAAACGAAAGAGGGAGUUAAAUUUGAGGCGGAGCAGGUUGAUUAUAGAGGCAAACUUGUCAAUGCGGUCGAAACAAAGGUGGAUCAGAGAUUUGGAGCUGAGCAAAAGGACUUCCGUGAAACCCUGAAGACGAAAGUUGAAACCAAGGUUGGGCAGAGAUUUGCUACAGAACAGGUUGACUACCGAGACAGCUUGAAAACGAAAGUAGAGACAAAAGCAGGGGAAGUCUUCGAGACGGAGCAAGUGGACUAUCGUGAUGCACUUAAGCGUAAAGUGGACACAAAGGUGGGCGAGACGUUCGAAGCCAUCCAGGUGGAUUACAGGGAUGCUCUCAAGUACAAGGCCGAGACCAGAGAUGUUGAACAGUACGAGGCGGAACAGAAAGACUAUCGGGAUGUCCUACAGAGGAGUGUGGAGACGAAAACCAAUGAGCAGUUUGCAAUGGAGCAGGUGGAUUAUACGCAUGUGUUGUACAAGAAAGCUGAAACCAAAGUUGGUGAAACAUUUGCCACGCAGCAAGUGGACUACACUGGCGUACUGAAAUCUGGCAUCACCUUUGCUGAUGAAGUCACAACCUUGGAGACGGAAGAGGUAACACCAGAGGUCACGUUAGAGGUCACGUCUGAUGUCAAAGCCACGGCAACCCUUGCAGAGCAGGAGAAAGCAGUUGCUCCUGAGUUUGUGGUAGUCCUGGAAGAUGUCAAGGUAAAGGAAGGAAAACCAGUGAAGUUUGUCGCCAAGGCAACUGGAGAACCGGUUCCCAAGAUCACAUGGUAUCAUGACAACGAGCCAAUCACUGAUGGGGACAUUUACAAAAUCAGAUACCCCACAGAAGGGGAGAGCACUCUUAUGCUGACUGAAGCCUUCCCAGAAGACACUGGAGUGUACACAGCCAAGGCAACCAAUGAGGUUGGAGAAGUGGAGUGUAGCUCCACCCUCGAGGUCGCUGAACUGAUUGAUGAUGCCGAACAGUUAGAUUUUAGAACAGCUCUUAAGAAGCCCGUUGCAACAAAGGUUGGCGUUAAAUAUGACAUGGAACAGAUUGACUUUAGGACUCUACUUAAGCCCUCUGCCCAAAAGGCCAAGAAAUUUGAAACUGAUGUCAGUGAAACUAUUGCUGAAACACAACAACCUAAACCAGACAAAGCAGAAGUCAGCUUAUCUGCCCCUGAAUUUGUCAUCACCGUCUCUGAUGUCAAGGUCAGAGAGGGCGAGGCCGCAACCUUGACCUGCAAGGUCACAGGCUACCCAGUCCCCGAGGUCACCUGGUACCAUGCCAACAGGCCCAUCCAAUCGGAUGACGUGUAUCGGGUGGUUCCAGGAGAGGCAGGGGAGAGCACUCUGGAGAUACCAGAAAGUUUCCCUGAAGAUGGCGGUGUGUACACUGUCAAGGCAACCAACGAGGCUGGGUCAGUGGAGGCCACAGCUGUCCUAACUGUCACAGAACUGCUUGAAGCUGGUGAAGAUACAGAUGCUACUCAGGAAGUCACAUAUGACAUAGUGGAUGCUAACCUCCAGCUGACCACUCAAGAGGUCACACUGCAGCCAGGGGAGAGCACUGAGGCAGAGUUCCAGUCUGGGAAUGCUUUGGAGCUUUAUCCACCAAAUAGUGACGAUAUUUACACAUGGAAAAUGACAAAUCUUAGCACUGAGCAUGAGAAAGGUCCUGCUAUAUUUAAGGAGGAAAUUGUGGUGGAAGACCAUCCAGUUCUUCUCUCUGAAGAGUCACCAAGGGCAGUAACUUGGCCAGCUGGAAAGCCUAUAAAACAGGACUCUGAAGACAGUCAAGAAUAUAUUCCUGAAAUCACAGGUGUUGAAUAUGAUAGUUUCCUAGUACCUGCAAGGCACUCACCAAGUAAUAUGGAAGCUCGCUUUGAAACCAAUGUGGAAGAACAGGAGUGUUACAAACCAGGCCAGGUGAUUCAGAGAGGUUUAGAGAUUGGCUAUGAUGUUGACAUAUAUGAUGGUCCUGAAGUAGUUGAAAAGGACCUGAAGCCUGAACUUGAUUUGAAAGAGGAGUUUGAGUUUGCCAUUCCCACAGAAAGGUACCCAGUUGAUCGACUGUUUCCACAUUUUGGUGGUGAUCAGUUGUCUGUAAGGACUGAAGAUGAGGUCUCAGAAUUACCAGAUUCAGAGAUUGCAUCCUUGAUGUCAGAUAGAAGAGCAGAAAUGGAGAGGAGGGACUCUGAUGUUACUCUUUCUGAUCGAGAAUACUCAGACAAAGAUGAUGAAAAUGUUGUCAUAUCUGACACUGAUGAAGAGUCUGAAACACCACUGGUAACAAAGAAAGAUGUGAACAUAAAAGAAGAAGUGGAAGUGGAUAAAGAUAAAAUUAAGGUAACAGAGGAGUCUGAAAGCUCUGACAGCUCUAGUGAAUCUAGCAAAUCUAAAGACAGUUCUGAAUCUUUUAAACAUGAACAGUUUGAUGAUGAUGGUGAUAUUGCACCUGAUAUAGAAACACAGGAACAACCAGAAGUAUCUGAUGAAUCGUUUGAAGAAUCAGAGUCUCUUGGGGUACCAAGUAGAGUUUAUGGAGAUCAGUACAUGGAAGAAAUGCAGAAAAUACAACCAUUUAUGCAUGAAACCCUUGGGGAUCAUGAUAAAAAUGUGCACAGAAGGAAAGGACCCGAAUCUGACACUAAUAAAGUAACAAAGAAAUUUAUUCUAGAAAGGGACACAGAUAGGGAGCAAAUAGUUGAAGGUGCAGAAGAAUUUGAAGGUGAAAGAGAUGAAUUAUACAGUAAAUAUACAUAUGGAAAAGGAUUACCUGUACCAAGAUUGAACCUUCACAGAGAAUCUUCAGACUCUGAGUCUGAUGUUCCAAAUGAGACUGAUGUUUCCAAUCUGGAUGCUACAACAGACCUUGAAACUACUGUUGACCUGGAGCAGACCAUUGAUCAGGAAGAGCAUGUUGUAGUUGAAUCAGAAAUCUCUGAUCAUGACACUAUCGGAAGAACCACUGAUGAUGAUUCUUCUACCAUAAAAGAUGAAUUUAUUACUCAUGUUGACAGUCUAGAAAUGAAACCCAAGCAGAUCAUUGAAGUUCGUGAGUAUGUGUCCUCAUCUGAGGAGGAGACCCCAACAAACAGACAGACGAUUGAAGACAGAGGACAAUCACCAAUAUUUGAAACAGGAUUUACAGACGAACCUGAACUGGAAAGAAUAACUGAAGAAGCAGAGAGUGAAGAAGAUUCUGACACUGAUUCCUCCUCGAGUGUAGAAAGUGUCAGACAUGUGGAGAUAGCACCAAGGGAGGAGGUCUUACAGACAGUGCCCGAGGAGUCCGAAUCAGCUGAUGUAUCAGUGGAGCUUCCCCCGGAAGGGGAAAUCAGCGAUACAUCGUUUGAUGUAGAUGAAAGUUACAAUGUAGAGAGUCCACUAUACAAGUCCACACUAAUUAGGGAUCAAAUGGCUGAACCAGAUAAGCUUACCUUGGAGGAGGAGCCAACAAAAACUGUUGAGGAUAUCAGCGUAGAGCUUGAAGUUCCCAGGUUCAUUGAAGAGCUCACUGACCAGGAGGUCACCGAGGGCGACACCGUGACCUUGUUUGUCAAGGUCGAUGGAAAACCGUUCCCAGAUCUUACCUGGUAUCGUGAUGGUAUCGAGAUACAGAAAGAUGACCGACACACCAUCGACAUCCGUGGCAACUUUGCUGCCCUCAUUAUGAAAGACAUUCUACCUGAAGAUGAUGCAGAAUAUUCUGUCACUGCUGAAAACGAUGCUGGAAAAGUCACCUCGACAUGCGAACUAUUUGUUAACCCUCUUGGCGAGGCCCCGUCAUUCGUGUCGAGCAUCGAGGACCAAGAAGUGGAGCUAGACGCGCCCAUCACUCUUCAGUGCACUGUGCGCGGCACACCCAAGAAGAUUGUGUGGCUCAAGGAUGGGGUGGAGCUGGAGGGAGACAGAUACAAGAUUGAGGUGGAAGGGACCUCGUACGAAGAGGAGAGGCUCACGCUGUUGAUCUCCCAGUCACUACCUGAGGACGAAGGCGAAUACACCAUCAAGGCGAUUAACGACAAGGGCGUUGCCACCAGCAACGCUGAGGUUCUGGUUCAUAUUGUAGCCCCAGUGUUCACACAACAGCUGGAAGACAUUGUUGUGGAGCUGUCUGACACAGCCACCUUUGAGUGCACUGUGACAGGCAUUCCUACGCCCAAAGUGACCUGGUAUGUGGAAGACGAGAUCGUCACCGAUGGACCUAAAUAUAGCACCAGUUACCAUGACAACAUCGCGACUUUGGAGGUCAAGGACGUUUCUACAGACGACUCGCCAAUUUUCAUUACCUGUAAGGCAGUUAAUGUUGCCGGCGAGGCACGAACCUCGGCUGAGUUGACUGUGGAAGCACCUAGACCAGAAUCCCCAGUUUCAAAAGAUACUGAAGAAGUUGAGAAAAGGGAGACUACUGCAGUUAUCAAACCGGAUGGCAAGAAACCUGAAUUUGUUCUCAAGAUCAAGACCCAGACUUUGGAGGAGGGAGAUGAGGUUGAUUUCAACUGUGAGGUGGUGGGUGAACCAAAACCCGACAUCAAAUGGCUCUACAACGGCCAAGAGCUACGCCAGGAGGGGCGGUACAUGAUCUUCGAACAAGAGUGCCUUCACCACCUUGAGAUCACAGACAUCAACCCCCAGGAUGCUGGUCAGUACCUCGUUCAGGCUACAAACAACUUUGGCAAAGCCACCUGCCAGGCCGAGCUUCAGGUCCUUCAGAAACCAAAGGAGCAGGUGCAGAAAUUGGAGGCACCAAAGUUCACCAUUGAGAUUCAGACAGUUGAGGCCACUGCUGGUGAGAAGACUUCAUUCUUCUGCAAGGCCAAGGGAAAUCCUCGCCCAGAGAUUCUGUGGUUCAAGGAAGACAAGGAAAUAACGAAAUAUGACAAUAGAUUCACAAUUGAACAUGGAGUUGAAGGGGAUUCCUCGUUACUAAUUAUAGAAGUCCUCCCGGAGCAUGAUGGGAAGUACAUGGCUGAGGCUCGAAAUGAGGCUGGUAAAGCCACUUGCAAAGCUGAACUCUUUGUACAUGAUAAAGAAGAUGUGUACAAACCUGAGAUCAUCAAGUCUCCCACAGAGGUGGUUGCUAGGGAACACGAGGUCGCAAAGUUCCUUGUCAAGGUCGUUGGUAUGCCAACACCUACAGUGACCUGGAUGAAGGAUGACAUGCCUCUCGAUGACUCGGACCUCUACCACAUUGAGAGCUUCGGGGACACGUACUGCUUUGAGAUUAAAGACUCAGGAAUUGAGGAUGCAGGCAUUUAUGUGUGCGUCGCCACCAACGAUGUAGGAAAAGACGUCCGCGAAAUCCCACUGGAGGUCAAAGGAGAGUACGAAGUAAAAAUAGAACCACAGGAGGCAGUAAGAGAGGAUCGUAUCACGGAAUCCCCUCUCGUUCUCCGAUCACAAGAACUGUCAAUGCCACCUGAAUUUACGGAAACUCUUCAACCACAGACUGCCAUGGAAGACAAACCAAUGACCUUGACCUGCAAGGUGACAGGCCUGCCUCGCCCUGAAGUCACAUGGCUAAGAGAUGGCAAGGAGAUCAUCUCGACCCCGGGUGUCAAGCAGUCUUACGAUGAAGACACAGCCACCCUGACCAUCAGCAAGAUGACCAUGGACCAGGAUGGAGAGUACAAGUGUGUCGCUGUCAACUCCGCUGGCACUGCAGAAACCUUCACAAACGUCACUGUUGAAGGUAAAAUGGAAGCCCCUGAAUGGACGCGGCCCCUGUCUGACAGGGAAUGCCGUGAGGGCAGACCAGUGAAGUUUGAGUGUGCGGUCAAGGGCAUUCCCAAACCUGAUGUCAAAUGGUUCAUCAACGACCAGCCAAUAGAGACCGGUCUCAAAUUCCACACAGACCAACGUAAGGGAUUUGCCGGAGACAUCACGCACAGUCUCAGUAUUGACAAUACGGAGGUCGACUAUGCUGGCAAGGUCAAGGCCGUCGCAACAAAUAAAGCGGGUCAGGUGGAAACCACGGCAACGCUCACUGUCGAAGAAAAGAAAGAGACUCCCAAAUUUGUCAGAAAAAUCGAAAAUAUUGACACCAUUGAAAAACAGACAGUGACCUUUGAAGCAGAGGUCAUUGGCAAACCCAAACCACAUGUCACAUGGUCUCGUGGCAACGUUGAGCUGACCAAUGACAUGGAAGAUGUCACCAUAGAGACAGCAGAGGGCGUGCACACGCUGACCUUGACCAAUGUCAAGCCCACGGACGCUGCCCUCUACAGUGUGAAGGCCCACAAUCCCGCUGGGCAGGCUUCUUGCAGCGCGAGACUCAAAGUUGCACCUGCGCGGCGACCAAGUUUCAUGCGGAGGAUGUCGGAUAUUCUGGCUCCAGAGAGUGGGGUGGCCAAGUUUGACUGUAAGGUGGAGGGCUUCCCUAUGCCUGAAGUUAAAUGGUUCCUAAACGACAAAGAACUUGAGCCCAGUGAAACCAUAAUCAUGGAGAAGAACAAAGAUGGCACCUGCGUGUUGACCAUCAAAGACGCAUCCCCCGACAUGCAGGGAGAGAUCAAGGCCAUUGCUCAGAAUGCUGGAGGGAAGGAGCUUUGCUCUGCCAAGCUGGAGGUCAGAGGUCAAGCACCGACCUUUGUGGAGACUCCCAUUAAGUGUACCAUUCUUGAAGGUGACAAAGCCAUCUUCCAGUGCAAGGUCAAAGGUGAACCAAGCCCAGUGGUUGAAUGGUCUAAGGGAAAAUGGUCUAAACUGAAAUCCUCUGACAAAUGCAAUAUCCUAGACAAUGAGCAGACUGGCGAGCAUGUCUUGGAGAUCAAAGACAUAGUAAAGAAAGAUGCUGGCACAUACCAGGUCAGCGCGACCAACGAACAUGGCCGAGUGGAAAUUCCUGUGACCUUGAUAGUGACGUCUAACCCCGAAGAGGCUGCAGACUGGAAGGCAGCCCUGAAACACAGAGAUUAUGAAAGAGACGAGGGUGAAAUCGAGGCAGACUGGUUACCGAGCCUGAGACACGUGGAGCUCGAGGAGGGGGAGACAGUCGAGGUGAAAGAGAAAGAACUCUUCAAGGAGAAAGAGGAACCAGUAGCCUUCCAGAUCCUGCAGAAACGCAGGAUGUCAGAGUUGGAAGGAAAACGGGAACCAGUAACAAUUGAGCCAAUUGAACGGGAAAAAAUUGAGCUUGACAGUUCAGCCCCCAGCAAACUGGAGAAGCCUGAAGCUCCCUCCCAUGAGAUACAAACUGUGCCGUACCAGCGAGGCAAGAAAGACAUCACAACUGAUGAGCUCGAUUCUGCUGAGCUCAGCAUACCCAAGGUCAAGUGGGAAUGGACAGUACCACUCAAGGAUGUGAAGGUCACAGAAACAGACUCUGCAGAGUUCACGUGUGAAUUCUCUGUUUCGGACGUCAACGUCACAUGGUGCAUCCGAGGAGAACCAGUGGACGCGAGUCCCAAGCACGCAAUCAAGUCUGACGGCAAGAAACACACCUUGCUGGUGUCCAAGUGCCGACCGAACGACGAAGGGGAGAUCACCUGUACCUACGCCGACUACACCACAUCUGCCAGCCUCAGUGUGCAAGCUCUACACAAGGAGUUCACAGUUCAGCUGGACGACUCAUACGCCGUAGAGAACACCGAGGCAACCUUCACCUGCAAGGUCAAUGAUGAUGAGGCCAAGGUCGUCUGGACACUUGACCACAAGCCUCUGCCUGAGUCUGACAAGUACAGGGUGGGACACGAUGGCGUGACACACACACUCACUAUCGCAGGCCUUAAAUCCACUGAUAACUGUGAGGUCACAGCAACAUUUGGCGAUACAUCCACAUCAGCAAGUCUUGUCGUUGAAGAUGUCUCCGCUGACUUCACAGCACCAUUGUCCGACGUGUCUGUAUUGGAGAGGUCCAAUGCAGAAUUCACAUUCAAGCUGUCCAAGCCUGUUGACAAAGUACGCUGGUUCUUGGACAACGUGGAACUACGACCAAACAAGCGAAUGGAAUUCGUAGAUGACGGAAAAACCCACAAACUUAUCAUUCGAGACGUUGAAGUUACCGAUGAGGGACAAAUAUCAGUGUUGGUUGGAGAUAAAAAAUCCAGUGCAUCACUGUUCAUACAGGAAUUGUCACCUGACUUUGUCAAGCCCCUGAGAGACGUCACCGUGAAAGAACGUGGCGUCGCUGAGUUCGUCACGGAAGUUAACAAAGAAGGAAUAACUGUGAAGUGGUUUGUUCAGAACAAGGAGAUCGAAGAAGACGAGAAGUACGAGAUAUACGCUGAAGGUCGCACUCACAGACUGGUUGUCAAGGACGCUGUGUUACCAGAUGCUGGAGAGAUCAUGGCCAGAGUGGAAGGCAAAACUUUGAAAGCCAACCUCACAGUUGAAGAAAUCCCAGUUGAGAUUGUGGCUGAGCUAACUGAACAGCAUGUAGAAGAACACAAGGCCUCCUAUUUCACAUGCGAGGUGAACAAACCAGACGUCACAGUCACAUGGCUCAAAAAUGGUGCCAAAAUCAUCCCCAGUGAGAAACAUCAGUUGAUCGACGAUGGCACUACGCACACUCUUGUUAUAAUGGACACUGACAAAUCAGACGUGGCUGAAUAUGCGGUCGUUGUUGGCGACCAAAAAAGCUCGGCUCAGUUACAUCUGGAUGAGUUGCCCAUUAACGUCUCUUUGAACUUAAAACGUCAUCACACUCAGUGGUACAGCUACAUUGAACAGUUGGCCACGUUUACAUGUAAAACCUCAAAAUCGCUAGUCGAGGUCACGUGGUAUAAAGAUAAAGAAGAGCUGAGGGCCGGUAGUAAGUACGAGAUAAGGCGCAUCGGCAGGGAGCACCUCAUGACCGUCCACGACUUGUGCAUGUCUGACUUUGGCGACUAUGUCGUUACUAUCCGCAGUUUGAGAAAACUGCCGCAUGCACAUGUUUCCAUAGAGCCUCCAAGCCAGUUCAUAAUUCCACUCACCGAGGCCACCUGUCAGGAAGGGGAGGAGGUCAUAUUCGUCUGCGAGGUAUCGGACGACAAGAUCCCCGCACGCUGGUUCAAGGACGGACAGAAACUCGAACCUUCCGAGAAAUAUGUGAUGAAGAAAGAUGGCCGCAAGCAUAGCCUCACUAUCAAGAACGCUACCCUUGAUGAUCGGGCGGAGUAUACAAUUAAACUGAAGGACAAUCAAGAAAGCUCCGCCCCUCUCUUCGUAGAAGAGGUUCCCUUGGAGUUCACAAUGCCCCUGCAAGAGCAGUUGGAUUGUAACCUAGGAGACACAAUAACCUUGACCUGUGAGGUCAACAAGCCUAACAAGGUAGCCAUGUGGCUGCGCGAUGGGGAACAAGUCACCAUCGCCGAUGGUUACGAGAUUGUCGUCGAGGGUAACGUACACAAGUUGACCAUCCGACGAGCCUCUCUUGACCAUGAAGCCGAGUACACCUGCAUGAUCGGGAAUAUAGAGACAAAUACCUUGCUCUAUGUUGAAGAGCCGGCAGCCCAGUUCACUCACCGCCUCAGCGACCUGACUGGCCAAGAAGGGGAAGACAUCGAGAUGUACGUCGAGUUAAGUCGACCCGACGUCCCAGUAAGCUGGAUGAAGAACCGCGAGCCCCUGAAGCCCAGCGAACGAAUCAAGAUCUUGUGUGAGCGGUACCGACAGGUGCUCCAGAUUCUGGACGCCAUUCCCGAAGACGAGGGCGAAUACACAAUCUGUCUGCCCGACAAAACAGAGUCAUCUGCUAUGCUGAAAAUCAAAGAAAAAGCCCCAGAGUUCAAGAAACCCCUUAACAACCAAGAGGUGAAGGAAAAAGAAAAGUUGACCUUGACAUGUGAACUCUCCAAGCCAGACAUGCCUGUGAAAUGGCUGAAGAAUGGUAAGGAGGUGAAACCAGGUGACCGUGUCCUGGUGUCCAUGGAUCAAUACCUUCACCAGCUGGUGGUGGCCGAGGCUACAUUGGACGAUGCUGCUAAAUACUCGUGUGUCUGCGGAGAUGUGAGCACUGAAUGCACCAUCAAGGUCACAGAACUCCCUGUGGAGUUUACCAAACCUCUGCAAGACACUGUAGCCUACGACAAGGACAAAACUGCGACUUUGACCUGCGAGCUCAGCAAGCCAAACAAACCAGUCAAGUGGUUAGUGAAUGGGAAACCAGUCCGAGCAAACAAAAACCUCAAGAUUUCUGUUGAUCUCCAGACUCACCAGCUUGUGUUUACAGACGUGACAUUAAAGGACGCCGGACAAUACUCCUGUGUCUGUGGCGACGUAUCCACAGCUGCCACCUUCACAGUUAAAGAAGAACAAGUCAAGUUCACAAAACCUCUCAAGGACACUGAGGUGACUGAAAAAGAUGAAGUCACGCUGACCUGUGAGGUGAACAAGGUCGGCAAGAAACCAGCCUGGUACCUUGACGACGAGGCUAUCGUCCCUGGUGACAGGGUCAAGAUCACCUCUAAAGGCUUGGUGCACAAACUGACCAUUGAGACCUCUAAACUUCAUGACGAAGGCAAAUACACUGUGGCAUUUGACGAUGCAAAAUCAACUGCCACACUUAUUGUUAAAGAAUUGCCAGUGGUAUUUGUGGCACCAUUACAAGACCUUGAAGUGGUUCUGAAAAAAUCUGCCACUCUCGAAUGUGAAGUCAACAAACCAGAUGCCACUGCCGUUUGGACUAAAAAUAGCCAGCCAAUCAGUGUGUCCGAUGGGUUUGACAUCAGACGUGACAAGACGCUGCACACGCUACAUCUGGACAAGGUGACCCCGGAUGACGCUGCAGAAUACACCAUCACCAUUGACAACAACUCAAGCACUGCCAAACUCACUGUGAAAGAUGAGGCUGUACAGUUCACAGUUCCUCUCGAGGAAAAGACAAUCACAGAGGGCGAAGACGUGACUUUGGAAUGCACCAUCACCCAACCAGACCUUACCGCCGAGUGGCGUAAAGAUGGCUCCCCCGUUGAGGCUACUGACAAGAUCAAACCCAAGUCCGUUGACACAACACAUUCACUGCACAUCACUAACGUUGGACCCGAAGACUCUGCUGAGUAUGAAGUAACCGUCGGCGAUGCUUCAUCAAAGAUCACUUUGACCGUUGAAGAAGCAGCCAUUGACUUCAUCCGCAAACUCUCAGAUGUUGAAGUGGGAGAGCUGCCUGGCACUGCCAUUCUAGAAUGUGAGCUCAACAAGCCAGACGUACCGGUCAAAUGGUACCGGGGCAACCAGGCACUGUCGCCUAGCAACAAGUACAAGAUGGUGGAUGAUGGCCCCGUACAUAGGUUACACAUCACUGAUAUUGAUGGCGAGGAUGAGGGCCCAUAUUCUGUCAUCGUAAAGGGACAGAAAUCCGAGGCAUCGGUCUUUGUGGAAGUACCACCGGCAUUAUUCUUGGACAAGAAAUUCACGGAAACCGUUACCUUAAAACGAGGUCAGUCGACAGCAUUCGAGAUACCGUUCAUGGGCAGCCCACAACCAAUUGUCACAUGGAUGUACAACGGAGGCGAAUUGCCUGACAAGAAACGCAUGGAAGUGCAGACUAUCAGAAACAUGACCACAUGUCGACUAGGCAAAGUUAUUCGCACUGAUGCUGGCGAAUACACUCUCACACUUGAAAACCCAGUUGGCAAAGCUACCCUGACGAUAACGCUCAACGUUCUAGACAAGCCUUCAGCACCUGAGAAUCUCUCUGUCUCUGACAUCACAAACUCGUCAUGCCUGUUGCACUGGGAGACACCGAAGGACAAUGGAGGCUGCGAGAUCACUCAAUACGUGGUAGAGAAGCGAGAGGCCAACAGGCGCUCGUGGAACAAUGUCGGCACCUCAGUCACGCUCGAGUUGAGUGUAACCCAACUGGUGAAAAACACUCAGUACGUACUUCGAGUGGCUGCACAGAAUGAGGUCGGUGUCGGAGAAUUUGCAGAGCUAGCCGAGCCUGUCACUGCCAAGGAAACAUUUGUUGUGCCAGAUGCUCCAGAAGCACCGAAGGUCACAGAGAUCUCCAAGUCCAUGGCAACCAUUGCCUGGCAACCUCCAACCAGAGACGGGGGAUCCCCCAUCACUGGGUACCUGGUGGAGCGCAAGUCAGACGUUGCUAAUCGCUGGAUCUCUGUCACCAAGAAGCCUGUUACUGAGACCAGUCUGAGUGACAAGGAGCUUGCUGAGGACACGACAUACCAGUAUCGCGUCAUUGCUGUGAACAAGGCUGGUAACAGCAAACCCAGUGAGCCGUCUGAACCAGUUAAGGCAAAGGAUCUCAUUGAUAAACCAAGCCAGCCUGGCAAGCCAGAGGUGUUAGGUAAGGACAAAUCCUCGGUAGUGCUGAAAUGGUCCCCACCUUGCAAAGAGAGUGGUGCACCAGUAGGCUACGUCAUCGAAUACCGCAAACCUGGAACCCAGACCUGGCAACGGGCCAACAGCCUGCCGGUCAAGGAACUGACGUACAGUGUGACGAGUCUACGCGAGGGUGAAGAGUACGAGUUCAGGGUCACAGCAGAGAACCCUGCCGGCCCAGGACCUGCCAGCGAUGUGUCACAGAGUGUGAAGGUGGAGGUGCCUCUGGAUGGCGUUCCACCCAUGAUUCUAGAGCCACUCAGUGAUGUUGCCGUGGUUGCACCAAAGGACGCCAUCUUGGAAUGUGACAUUGACCUUGGGGAGCCAGAGGCUGAAAUCAAAUGGUUCAAGGGCAACAAGGAGGUAAAGAAGAGCUCCAAGUAUGAGAUGAGUUACGAGGAUGAGGUUGCCUCCCUUGUCAUUCACAAGACUGAGCCUGAGGACGCUGGGAUGUACGCCGUGCAGGCUGCUAACCCCAUGGGUCAGGUCAAGUCUGAAGGGAACCUGGCUGUACAUACACAUCCAAAACUCGAUUACGACAACCGCCUCAAGGGCGUACAGAACAUCAAAGCAGGCACCACGCUGUCUCUGACAGUGAACACCAGCGGUAUUCCCAACCCAACCAUCGCAUGGCUCCUGGAUGAGGAACCAGUGGAGAAGAGCGGUCGUAUCACCAUAGAGACCGUGGAAGGCAAGACCACUCUUACUAUCAAGAACACGACAGCAGACGACACGGGUCUCUACACUGUGGAGGCUGAAAAUAUUGUCGGAAAGGCUGUGGCAGACUUUGACGUCAAUGUCAAAGACAAGCCUUCCAAGCCUCUCAACCUCACGGUUACCGAGGUAAUGAAGGACUCCAUAGUGUUGUCAUGGCAACCCCCUGCCAGCACUGGGGGAAGUGACAUCGGCGCUUACAUCAUCGAAAAGCGCGAUGCCAAGAGAAACGUCUGGACCAAAGUCGACAAAGUUACAGGAUCCACCAACACCUACGCUGUCCAAAAGCUCCUGGAAGGCAACGAGUACUAUUUCCGUGUUGCGGCUGAAAACGAUAUUGGCCUUGGUGACUCUGCUGAACUGGAAGCUCCUAUUCAAGCAAAGUGCCCGUUUGACGUCCCAGAUUCGCCGACUCAUCUCCAAGCAACCGAGGUCACAAAAGACUCUAUAACAUUGACUUGGGAGGUGCCCCAGAAAGAUGGCGGCUCACCAAUCACGGGCUACAUCCUGGAGAAGUGUCAGUUGCCUGGUAACCGCUGGGUCAAGGUCAGCAAGAAGCCGAUACCAGACACGAUGUUCAUUGUUCCGGACCUGUCAGAAAACAUGGAGUACAAGUUCCGUAUUGCUGCAGAGAAUGCCAUUGGAGUGGGAAAACCAUCAGAGCCAACCAGUGCGAUUGUAGCAAAAGCCCCCUAUGACAAGCCAAGUGCACCCGGAGUGCCUAAUGUCACACAAGUCACAAAUGACUCAGCAACUUUGGAGUGGACCCCACCCACACAAGAUGGUGGAAGUCCUGUGACCAAUUACUUCAUAGAGUACAAAGCACAAUCGGGCCAAAGAUGGCUACCAGGCAGCAAGGGAGAAGAAGUACCCACAAGUCAAUACACUGUCAAGGAUCUAGUGGAAGGAGAGGUUUAUGAGUUUAGAGUUACUGCAGAGAACAAAGCAGGCUCAGGGAAACCUUCCGACGUCUCUGAGAACAUCACAAUUAAAGCACCGAUUGUUGGGGAAGCGCCAUCAGUGCUGGAAUGCCUGCCUGACGUGUCUGUUCUCCUCGGGGAGACUGCGUACUUGGAGUGCAAGAUACGAGGGGAACCAAGCCCGACCAUCGCCUGGUUCCGAGACACGACGGAGAUCAAGGAGAGCAAGAAGUAUCAGAUGGACUACACCGACAUGGUGGCCAGCAUCAAGAUUCACGAGGCAACUGAACGCGACGCUGCCAGUAUCACCUGUGAGGCCUCAAAUGAGCUGGGAUCAGUGAAGACUAGCGGUCAACUCGAAGUGCAAGACAAACCCAAACUGACGUAUGACAACAAGUACCUACAGGUGACCCUCAAAGCAGGAACUAGCCUGCGCAUACCUGUGCAGGUGUCCGGUCUGCCCAAGCCCUCCCUGACUUGGAGCAAGGAUGACAAACCAGUCCAGUCACAGGGACGCUUGACCAUUGACCUCGCUGACCGAUCCACGACCUUGGCCGUAAAGAAGGUCACGCGUGAGGAUGACGGAGUGUACGCCUUGCUGGCAGAGAAUGAGGCGGGAACUGCUGCUGCUGAAUUUGAUGUGGAAGUUAUAGAUGUUCCUGACAAGCCAGCCAGUCUCGAUGUGGACGAGGUCACCAGAGAUACAGUAGCACUGUCAUGGCAACCACCCAAGGACGACGGUGGCUCCAAUGUCCUGACCUACAUUCUGGAACGUCGCGAACAGGGGCGGUCCAUGUGGAUGAAGGUCACCACGAUUCCAGCGGAGGAGAUGUCGUUUGUUGUUAAGGACCUCACUGAAGGAAAAGAAUACUUCUUCCGCAUUUCAGCAGAAAACGAAGUGGGAAUAUCUGAGCCCUGGGAACUAAGUGCAUCAGUAACACCGAAGAGCGGUUUUGAUGUCCCAGGGGCACCUGUUGGUCCUCUUGAGGUGUCUGACAUCACGGCGGAUAGUGUCAGGUUGUCAUGGCAACCACCCAAGUAUGACGGCGGAACCCCUGUCACGAAGUACAUCGUGGAGAAAUGUGACACUAAAAAGAUGGCCUGGACUGCAGUGGCGGAAGUUGAUGCCAGCACAUUGACUCACGUAGUGCCAAAGCUGGUUGAGGAUCAGCCAUAUUUGUUCCGAGUGUCGGCCAUUAACGGGGAAGGUCAAGGAAAGCCACUUUCGACUGAACUGGAGGUCAAACCAAAGGCCCCAGCUGAAGUUCCAAGCAAACCAUCAGGGCAACUCACCUUGACCAAACCAACAAAGGACAGUGUGACCCUGACCUGGAAUGCACCCAAGAAAGAUGGCGGCGCCCCAAUCAAGGGCUACAAAAUAGAGGUCUCCAAUGACGGUAAAGCAUGGAAAGACCUAGAUGCUGUGAACAAACUGAUGACACAAUACACUGCUAAGAAUCUUGAACCAGGACAGGACUAUUACUUCAGAGUUUCGGCAGAGAAUGAUGUCGGCUUUGGAGAACCUUUGACAUCUGAGCUGUUCAAGCCAGUGAAACCUAUAGCUGAACCAGAAAAACCAGAAUCCGUAGAAAUCUUGGACAUCCAGAAAACAUCAGUCAAACUCCAAUGGACUCCACCGACGAGUGAUGGGGGGUCACCUAUCACAGGCUAUGUGAUAGAGAAGAGGGACAUGAAGCGUCCAACAUGGACCUCGGCUGGCAAAGCACCAAAGGAUGCGACUGAAUUCACAGUCGACAAGCUCCUGGAGGGAGGGGAGUACAUGUUCCGCGUGAUUGCUGAGAACAAGAAAGGGGCCAGCAAGCCUACUGAGACCAAGGAUGUCGUGGUCACCAAGAGUCCAUUUGCUGUGCCAGGUAAACCUGAAGGGCCUCUAUUGGUUGAGAACAUUACCCAGAAUUCUGUGGAUCUCUCAUGGCAACCACCUGCAACAGAUGGCGGAUCACCAAUCAAGCACUACCUCAUUGAAUACCUGCCAACCAAUAAAACCUCGUGGAUCAAGGCUGGAACAACUGUUGGCCCAGUGACAGAGUUCACGGUGAAAGACUUGAUAGAAGACAACAAGUACUUGUUCCGUGUGUCUGCUGUCAAUGAUGAGGGAACCAGCAAACCAUUGGAGAGUGAAGCACCAAUCAAACCAAGCAAGGAAAUCACCGUGCCCAGUGCACCCCAAGAUCUUGCAGUAGUCAAGGUGGACAAGGACUCAGUCACUCUGGAAUGGAAGGCACCGGCCAACGAUGGAGGCUCGAAGAGAACCGCUUUCAUAGUCAGCCAACUUGACGUGAAAUCCGACCAAUGGGUGAAGAUAGCCACUCUGAAGCCAGCUGAGCUGGUGUACAAGGUUAAAGACCUGCCAGAAAAGAAGUUCUAUUUCUCAGUCGCAGCCGAAAAUGCGGCCGGAAUCGGACCUGCAGCUGAGACUGAGAAAUCUGUUAAGCCGCAGUUCCCAGCAGGACCUCCUAGCGCUCCUAUUGGCCCAUUAACUGCAUCUAACAUCAGUGGAACUCAAUUGACACUGUCAUGGCAACCACCUGAACACGACGGUGGUUCCCCACUCACUGGGUAUUUCAUAGAGAAGAGAGAGGGAAUCAAACAGUUCUGGGGCAAGGUUGUGAAAAUCCCAGCAGACUCUGAAACGUAUCAGGUCAAGGACCUCGUAGAGGGAACCAGCUACCUGUUCAGAGUGUCUGCUGAGAAUAAAGAUGGAACCAGCAAGCCACUUGAAAUGUUGGAACCUGUCACUGCGCCCAAGAGCACUAGCAAAGUACCAGAAAAACCAGUAGGACCCAUCGACAUUUCAAACCUGAAGUCUGACUCUGUGACCUUGACCUGGAGACCCCCUAGCAACGAUGGAGGCUCCCCCGUUACCGGCUACAACGUUGAAUACCGUGACAUCCGCACACCGACAUGGCAGAAGGCUGGAUCAGUGGAUGCAGUAACCACUUCCUGGACACAGAACAAGCUGCUUGACGACACGGAGUAUAUGUUCAAGGUCACAGCCUUGAAUAAGAUCGGUCAGAGCGCGGCCUUGGAGACAAAUACCCUUGUUAAACCACAGAAGCUAUUAGGUGCCCCUGACAAGCCAACAGAUGUCAAGGUCAAGGACAUCAGAAACGACACUGUGACCUUGAACUGGGGAAAACCCAAACAAGAUGGCGGGUCAAAGGUCACCGGAUACAAAGUGCUUAUGAAGGAGGACGACAAAGAAUGGCAGGAAAUUGCCAAAUUGAAAUCAGUAGACGACGAAUACAAGGCCAAGGAUCUGAAACCGGGCAGAAAAUACAGCUUUGCAGUCGUUGCGGAGAAUAAAGUUGGGGAGAGUGAGGCUGCUGAGACUGUGAAUCCAGUGGAGAUGAAGAAGAUGGCAACCAAGCCUGGGCCACCCGAGGGACCCAUUGUGUUCUCAGACAUCAAGAAGACCUCAGUGGUGAUUGAAUGGAAACCCAGCCUGGAAGAUGGAGGAGCAAAGAUCACUGGCUACUACGUUGAAAUAUGCGAAUCCCCCAAGUCCACAUGGAGUCGCUGCACCUCUACGACCGCUGACAUCACGUCUUACUGCGUACAGCGCCUCAAGGAACGCCAGCAAUACUUCUUCAGGGUGUUUGCUGAGAACAAGAUUGGACGCUCAGAAGCCCUUGUGUCUGACGGAGUUGUUGUGAAAUCUCAAAUUGAAGUCCCUGAUGUCCCAGUGGGCCCUGUGGAAUUCUCUGAUAUCACCAAGGAUUCAGUAACCUUGACCUGGAAACCUCCCAGCAAAGAUGGAGGCUCAGAGGUCACAGGUUAUGUCAUUGAGCAGCGAGACACCAAACGCACAUCCUGGAUCAAGUCAGGAAAUAUACCUGCUGGAAAAAACAUUUUCACAGCUUCCAAGCUUCUGGAAGACAAUGAGUAUGUGUUCAGGAUCAUUGCAGAGAAUGCUGAAGGUCAAAGUUCACCACUGGAAUCCGGACUUGUAAAACCAACCAGACCAAAAUCUGUGCCUGAUUCCCCCACAAACAUCAAUGUCAAGGACAUUAAAGAAACCAAGCUGACCUUGACCUGGAAACCACCUAAGCACGAUGGUGGAGCAAAAGUAGAAGCAUUUGUCAUCCGAAUGAAGGAGAAUGACAAUGAUUGGUCAGAUCUGAUCAAGGUCAAGGCUUUUGACAAUGACUUCAUAGUAGACAACCUUGUCCCUGACAAGAAAUACCAGUUUGCUGUCCUGGCUGAAAACUCAGUUGGCCUUGGCCCUGCUGUUGAGACUACUACACCAACUGUUCUGAAACGAAAACCAGUUAAGCCAUCUGCACCUAAGGGACCAAUUGAAUUCUCCAACAUCCAGCGCACAUCUCUUACUGUUACCUGGCAACCUCCAGAAAGUGACGGAGGAGCUCCAAUCAAGCAGUACACCUUGGAGGUCAGGGAGAGUACAAGGACAAUCUGGAACAAGGUCACAAAGCUCAAAGCCGGCAUCACAUCGUACAAUGUACAGAACUUGAAAGAGAAGCAGGAGUAUGUGUUCCAAGUGUUUGCUGAGAAUGAAGUAGGCCAGUCUGAUGCACUGUUGUCAGACACUGUGACCUUGACCUCGCCACAUGAUGUGCCAUCCAAACCCAUUGGCCCUCUGCUUGUGUCUAACCUUACUGAGACCUCAGUCAUGCUGUCAUGGCAACCACCUGCCUAUGAUGGAGGGUCAGAGGUCACAGGCUAUCUGAUAGAGGUCAAACACCCAACAGAUGCAACAUGGAGAAAGCUUUCUGACCUGCCAGCAGACAUGACCAAGUACAAGGCCCUAAACCUACUCACAGGCAAUGACUACAACUUCCGAGUGAUGGCCAUCAAUGUGGAAGGCAACAGUGCUCCACUGGAGACUGACACCACAGUCCAGAUCAGGAAACUGGCUGAGACACUGGCUGGUGCCCCUGACAAGCCUACAGAUUUCAAGGUCAAGGACAUCAGAAGUGACAACGUGACCUUGAACUGGGGAAAACCCAAACAAGAUGGCGGGUCAAAGGUCACCGGAUACAAAGUGCUUAUGAAGGAGGACGACAAAGAAUGGCAGGAAAUUGCCAAAUUGAAAUCAGUAGACGACGAAUACAAGGCCAAGGAUCUGAAACCGGGCAGAAAAUACAGCUUUGCAGUUGUUGCGGAGAAUAAAGUUGGGGAGAGUGAGGCUGCUGAGACUGUGAAUCCAGUAGAGAUGAAGAAGAUGGCAACCAAGCCUGGGCCACCUGAGGGACCCAUUGUGUUCUCAGACAUCAAGAAGACCUCAGUGGUGAUUGAAUGGAAACCCAGCCUGGAGGAUGGAGGAGCUAAGAUCACUGGCUACUAUGUUGAAAUAUGCGAAGCCCCUAAGUCCACAUGGAGUCGCUGCACCUCAACGACCGCCGACAUCACGUCUUACUGCGUACAGCGCCUCAAGGAACGCCAGCAAUACUUCUUCAGGGUGUUUGCUGAGAACAAGAUUGGACGCUCAGAGGCCCUGGUGUCUGACGGAGUUGUUGUGAAAUCUCAAUUAGAAGUCCCUGAUGCCCCUGUGGGCCCUGUGGAAUUCUCUGAUAUCACCAAGGAUUCAGUGACCUUGACCUGGAAACCUCCCAUCAAAGAUGGAGGCUCAGAGGUCACAGGCUAUGUCAUUGAGCAGCGAGACACCAAGCGCACAUCCUGGAUCAAGUCAGGAACUGUACCUGCAGGGAAAACAAUUUUCACAGUUUCCAAGCUUCUUGAAGACAAUGAGUAUGUGUUCAGGAUCAUUGCAGAGAAUGCUGAAGGUCAAAGUUCACCACUGGAAUCUGGACCUGUUAAACCAUCCAGACCAAAAUCUGUGCCUGAUGCACCCACAAACAUCAAUGUCAAGGACAUUAAAGAAACCAAGCUGACCUUGACCUGGAAACCACCUAAGCACGAUGGUGGUGCAAAAAUAGAAGCAUUUGUCAUCCGAAUGAAGGAGAAUGACAAUGAUUGGUCAGAUCUGAUCAAGGUCAAGGCUUUUGACAAUGACUUCAUAGUAGACAACCUUGUCCCUGACAAGAAAUACCAGUUUGCUGUCCUGGCUGAAAACUCAGUUGGCCUUGGCCCUGCUGUUGAGACCACUACACCAACUGUUCUGAAACGAAAACCAGUUAAACCAUCUGCACCUAAGGGACCAAUUGAAUUCUCCAACAUCCAGCGAACAUCUCUUACUGUUACCUGGCAAGCUCCAGAAAGUGACGGAGGAGCACCAAUCAAGCAGUACACCUUGGAGGUCAGGGAGAGUUCAAGGACAAUCUUUAACAAGGUCACAAAGCUCAAAGCUGGCAUCACAUCUUACAACGUACAGAACUUGAAAGAGAAGCAGGAGUAUGUGUUCCAAGUGUUUGCAGAGAAUGAAGUAGGCCAGUCUGAUGCACUGAUGUCAGACAAUGUGACCUUGACUUCACCACAUGAUGUGCCAUCCAAACCCAUUGGCCCACUGCUUGUGUCUGACCUUACUGAGAGCUCAGUCACGCUGUCAUGGCAACCACCUGCCUAUGAUGGAGGGUCAGAGGUCACAGGCUAUCUGAUAGAGGUCAAACAACCAACAGAUUCAACAUGGAGAAAGCUUGCUGACCUGCCAGCAGACAUGACCAAGUACAAGGCCCUAAACCUACUCACAGGCAAUGACUACAACUUCCGAGUGAUGGCCAUCAAUGUGGAAGGCAACAGUGCUCCACUAGAGACUGACACCACAGUCCAGAUCAGGAAACUGGCUGAGACACUGGCUGGUGCCCCUGACAAGCCUACAGAUGUCAAGGUCAAGGACAUCAGAAAUGACAACGUGACCUUGAACUGGGGAAAACCCAAACAAGAUGGUGGGUCAAAGGUCACCGGAUACAAAGUGCUUAUGAAGGAGGACGACAAAGAAUGGCAGGAAAUUGCCAAAUUGAAAUCAGGAGACGACGAAUACAAGGCCAAGGAUCUGAAACCCAGCAGAAAAUACAGCUUUGCAGUCGUUGCGGUGAAUAAAGUUGGGGAGAGUGAGGCUGCUGAGACUGUGAAUCCAGUGGAGAUGAAGAAGAUGGCAACCAAGCCUGGGCCACCCGAGGGACCCAUUGUGUUUUCAGACAUCAAGAAGACCUCAGUGGUGAUUGAAUGGAAACCCAGCCUGGAGGAUGGAGGAGCAAAGAUCACUGGCUACUAUGUUGAAAUAUGCGAAGCCCCUAAGUCCACAUGGAGUCGCUGCACCUCUACCACCGCCGACAUCACGUCUUACUGCGUACAGCGCCUCAAGGAACGACAGCAGUACUUCUUCAGGGUGUUUGCUGAGAACAAGAUUGGACGCUCAGAGGCUCUUGUGUCUGAUGGAGUUGUCGUGAAAUCUCAAUUUGAAGUCCCUGAUGCCCCUGUGGGCCCUGUGGAAUUCUCUGAUAUCACCAAGGAUUCAGUGACCUUGACCUGGAAACCUCCCAUCAAAGAUGGAGGCUCAGAGGUCACAGGCUAUGUCAUUGAGCAGCGAGACACCAAGCGCACAUCCUGGAUCAAGUCAGGAACUGUACCUGCUGGAAAAACCGUUUUCACAGCUUCCAAGCUUCUGGAAGACAAUGAGUAUAUGUUCAGGAUCAUUGCUGAGAAUGCUGAAGGUCAAAGUACACCACUUGAAUCUGGACCUGUUAAACCAACCAGACCAAAAUCUGUGCCUGAUGCCCCCACAAACAUCAAUGUCAAGGACAUUAAAGAAACUAAACUUACCUUGACCUGGAAACCACCUAAGCAUGAUGGUGGAGCAAAAAUAGAAGCAUUUGUCAUCCGAAUGAAGGAGAAUGACAAUGAUUGGUCAGAUCUGAUCAAGGUCAAGGCCUUUGACAGUGACUUCAUAGCAGACAACCUUGUCCCUGACAAGAAAUACCAGUUUGCUGUCCUGGCUGAAAACUCAGUUGGCCUUGGCCCUGCCGUUGAGACCACUUCACCAACUGUUCUGAAACGAAAACCAGUUAAGCCAUCUGCACCCAAAGGCCCAAUAGAAUUCUCCAACAUCCAGCGCACAUCUCUGACUGUUACCUGGCAACCUCCAGAAAGUGAUGGAGGAGCUCCAAUCAAGCAGUACACCUUGGAGGUCAGGGAGAGUUCAAGGACAAUCUGGAACAAGGUCACAAAGCUCAAAGCAGGCAUCACAUCUUACAGUGUACCGAACUUGAAAGAGAAGCAGGAGUAUGUGUUCCAAGUGUUUGCAGAGAAUGAAGUAGGCCAGUCUGAUGCGCUGUUGUCAGACACUGUGACCUUGACUUCACCACAUGUUGUGCCAUCCAAACCAAUUGGCCCACUACUUGUGUCUGACCUUACUGAGAUCUCAGCCAUGCUGUCAUGGCAACCACCUGCCUACGAUGGAGGGUCAGAGGUCAAAGGCUAUCUUGUAGAGGUCAAACACCCGACAGAUGCAACAUGGAGAAAGCUUGCUGACCUGCCAGCAGACAUGACCAAGUACAAGGCCCUAAACCUACUCACAGGCAAUGACUACAACUUCAGAGUGAUGGCCAUCAAUGUGGAAGGCAACAGUGCUCCACUAGAGACUGACACCACAGUCCAGAUCAGGAAACUAGCUGACACGCCAACUGCACCAGCUUCUCUCAGUGUUGAGAAGAUCACACCGACCUCUGUUGACCUUCACUGGACUCCACCCACCAGAGAUGGAGGAUCAAAGGUCACAGGUUACCGAAUCUUCAAGGCCACGACCCCUGGGGACUGGCAGGAGGUUGGUAAAGCAUCUAGGAUUGCUGACACCUUCACAGUGCCUGGUCUUACAGAAGGAGACAUAUAUUACUUUGCUGUUGCCGCAGAAAACGAGGCUGGACUUGGACCCAAAGCUGAACUUGCAGCCCCAGUUAAAGCAGAGAAACCAAAAGAAAAGCCCUCAGCCCCUGAGUCCCCUCUGGAAGCAUCUGACAUCACAGGGGAGAGCCUCACGUUGUCAUGGCAGCCAAGCAAGAAUGAUGGUGGCUCACCAAUUUCUGCUUAUGUCAUGGAAAUGAGAGAAACCUGGAAAUCUAAAUAUAGACCAUGCGGAAAAACCCAGCCAGAUGACCUUGCGUUCAAGGUUGCAGGUUUGAAGGAUGGAGAUGAGUAUUUCUUCAGGGUGUGUGCCGAAAAUGUGGCCGGACAGUCUGAGUUCCUGGAAAUGAAGAAAGCAGUCAAAGUUGAAACACCAAAGACUGCCCCAAGUCCACCUGCAGGUGUCAAGGUCACUCAGGUCAACAAGGCCAGCGCCAACAUUGAGUGGAAGCCACCCGCAAACACAGGAGGCUCCAAGAUCCGCAACUAUCGCAUCUACAAGAGCCACGAGGGCAAAGACGAUUGGAAGGAGGUUGAGACCACCGACCAGUUCAAACUGGCCACCGAGGUCCCCAACCUGAAGUGGGAGAAGAAUUACUUGUUGGCAGUGACAGCUGAGAAUGACAUUGAUGAGAGUGAGAUGGCCAUCAUACCUGAACCAGUCCGCAUUGACAAACCGCAAGACACGCCUUCCCCGCCUGUGGGACCAAUCCUGUUCUCCAACAUUAACAAGACCUGUGCGACAGCUUCUUGGGAAAAGAGCAAGAGCACUGGGGGAUCGCCAAUCACGCACUACAUCGUUGACAUUCGUGAGAAAUCGAAGAGAGUCUGGACUCAUGUUACAGAUGUGCGAUCCGAUGCUCAGAAUCUGUCCUGUCAAAUUCCUGACCUUAUUGAAGGUCAAGAGUACCUGAUACAGGUCAAGGCUGUGAACUCGGUUGGAGCCUCUAAGCCUCUGGAGUCUGACACGACCUUGAAACCUCAGAGCCCUUUCACACCUCCUUCCGUGCCAAGAGAGCUUAAUUCAGGGGGGCUAACCCACCAAUCGGUUACGCUUGACUGGAAACCACCAACCAAUGAUGGUGGAGCACCAAUUUCUUUCUACUAUGUUGAGAAACGAGAGAAGACCUAUGGCUCUUGGAAACCGGAAAAGAAACUUGCUGCCAUGGAAACCAGUUUGGAGAUCAUGGGGUUAAAGGAAGGAGUGGAGUAUUAUUUCAAAGUGUGUGCUGAAAAUGAGGCGGGCAAGGGUCCCUUCACUGACAUGCUUGGACCUGUGAAACCUUCCAAGCAGAAAACUGUACCUGACAAACCAGUCGGACCAGUCAAGUUCAAGGAAGUCGAUACGACCAGCGUGACGUUUGAAUGGCAACCACCGAAGCAUGACGGCGGAUCCAAAAUCAGUGGAUACAAGGUCUCCGUGACAACAGACCAGAAGGUCUGGACUGACAUUACAAUCUCCCAGAAAACAAUCCACACGGCCAAGGAACUGCGCACAGAGCAGUCAUAUCACUUCAGAAUUAUUGCUUUCAAUGAUGUUGGCGAUAGCAAGCCUUUGGACUCGGAAGAAAUCAUCUGCCAGACACCAAAAUCUGUGCCAAGCCGGCCAAACGAGCCCCUGGAAACUAAGCCUGUUACCAAGGAUACCAUGGAAUUGUCAUGGCAACCACCAGCAUCAGAUGGAGGCUUACCAAUCACAGGCUACAUCAUAGAAAAGUCUGACAAGUAUCGCACACGCUGGGUACCCACAGAGAAAACGGCAGGCGACAGUACGACAGUCGUGUUGAAGAACUUGCCGACUGGUUCAGAGGUUGUCUACAGAGUGGCAGCUGUGAAUAGACUGGGCACUGGCGAAUUCCUGGAAAUGAAGCAGCCAGUCCUUGUAAAGAGUCCUUAUGACGUGCCGUCUGCCCCACAAGGCCCCAUAGUAAUCUCUGACGUCACAGAAACCAGCUGCUCCCUGAAAUGGAAGCCGUCUGACAAGGAUGGUGGUCAAUCAAUCAUAAAGUAUGUAAUCGAAGUGCGCGAGGCACGCAGGAGCAUGUGGAGCCAGUCUGGAACAGUGGAACCCAACGUGACUCAAUUUAACCCAAAGAAUCUCAGUGUAGGAAAUGAAUAUUACUUCCGAGUUAAGGCUGUCAAUUCGGAAGGUGAGAGUGCACCAUUGGAGGCUGCAGAAACGGUCAAGCCCAAACAGAAAAUUGAACCACCAAGCGAGCCUCAGAAGCUUGCUGUGGACAAGGUCACAGACAAAGAUGUCUCCCUGACAUGGAGGGCACCGAAAUCAGAUGGCGGUUCCCGUGUCAAGCAAUACAAGAUCUUCAAGAAGUCUGAUAAGCCAGGGGCUGUGUGGACCGACGCUGGCGUGGUGGACUCUAGCCGUACUGACGCAACUAUUAGUGGAUUGUCACCUGACGAGAAGUACACAUUUGCAGUGAUGGCUGAAAAUGAGAUGGGACUGGGAGAAAUGGCGGAAACUGUGCGACCGGUCACCCUGGAGAAGCCUCUCGCUGCUCCAUCGCCACCAGAGGGCCCACUUGAAGUCAAGGACAUUGCUAAAAAUAGCGUGACCUUGACCUGGAAAGAAAGUCUAGAAGACGGGGGCUCACCAAUCACCCACUACCUCCUGGAGAUGAAAGAAGCCUGGAAGACCACGUGGACGUAUGUGGAGAAGAAACGUGCGUCAGAGACCAGUCACAAACUGGGUCGCCUAAUAGAGGGCACUGAGUACAUGGUCAGGGUCAUGGCUGAGAACAAAGUGGGUCAGAGCAAACCCCUGGAAAGCGAGAAAUUCACACCGAGAAAUCUCUAUGGCCUGCCCUCUGCACCCAAGGGACCCCUGAGGGUAUCAGACGCAACAGACAAAUCAUGCAAACUCUCUUGGCAAGAGCCUGAAAGUGAUGGAGGAAAACCAGUCAAGCAGUACGUUGUGGAACGUCGCGAUUCCAAGAAGUUCACGUGGACCCCAGUGGAGACCGUUCGUGGGAAAACCCUGUCAUGUGAGGUGACCAGGCUCAUCGAGGGAAUGGAGUAUGGUUUCCGAGUGUUUGCUGAGAACGAAGAAGGCAGAAGUCCUGCGUUAGAGACCACUGAGACCCUCAUAUGCAGGAAGUCAGCAGUCAAACCAGAUGCCAUCUCAGGAAAACUGCGUACCAGUGACCUUGACCUUGAUGCUGUGACCUUGUCAUGGCAACCACCCCUUAGUGACGGAGGUUCACCAAUAACCAAGUACAUCCUUGAGGCCAAAGACACGACAUCGGGCCUUUGGAAACUGAUUGCAGAGGUGCCGAGGACUGCAACCUCGUACCGUGUGAAGGACCUCGUGGAAGGUGUGGAGUACGACUUCAGAAUCAUGGCUGAGAAUAGCGUGGGGCGGAGCAAACCGGUUGAGACUGACCAGUCUGUGAUGCCUGUCAGACCAUUAGAUGUUCCAUCUUCUCCAACGGGACCCCUAAGGUCAAGUGACCUGACAAAGGAUUCCGUCGUGCUGUCAUGGCAACCACCAAAAGACGAUGGCGGGUCACCAGUCACCGGCUACGUGAUUGACAAGAUCGAUCUGGAUCAGGGCGGAUGGGUGCGAGCGGCGAGAGUACCUGCUGAUGUCACGUCUCACACCUUCCAGAAUCUAAGCAAGGAUCAUCGUUACAAUUUCCGCGUGUACGCUGAAAACAAGAUCGGAACCAGUGAGCCUAUUCAGCUGUUUGAACCUGUGCGACCAACCAGUGGAAUAUCCACUCCCUCAGCACCCCAGAAUCUGAAGGCUGUCGAGGUAACGAGUGACUCCGUCUCGCUGGAAUGGUCUGCUCCUGAGUCAACAGGUGGUGCCCCUAUCAUCGGCUACACUGUGGAACGACGGGACAUGAGCCGCCCGCAGUGGACCCGAGUGUCGAGGGUAGAACCAGGCACGAUGACCUUCACCCUGUCCAAGCUGCUCGAAGGAAAAUCAUACAGUUUCCGUGUGACGGCAGAGAAUCUGGAAGGACUGGGAGAGGCAGCUGUUUUAGACAAACCAGUCAUGCCUGAACAAGAAAUUGGCGUGCCAGGUGCCCCAGAGGUCCUCGAGACAAUGAGUAUGGAGAAGGACUCUGUAACUCUCCGAUGGAAGAAACCGCGGUCCGAUGGUGGGUCAAAGGUCACUAACUACCUCCUGGAGCGCCGUGAAGAGUUCAAGGACGAUUGGUCAAAGGUCAAGAAAGUGGACAACUUUGUGUUCACACAUCAAGUCAAGGACCUUCUGCCAGAGAAGAAGUACUAUUUCCGUGUGAGCGCUAAAAAUAGCAUUGGAUAUGGUCCACCAACCGAUCUGCAGGAACCCGUGAUUCCAAGCAGACCUGCAGACAAACCAGGCAAGCCCAAAGGCCCGCUAGAGGUCAGUGAGGUCAACGCUGACCACGUACGGUUGUCAUGGCAACCACCAGAGAGUGACGGCGGGUCAAGACUUACGGGCUAUCUCGUGGAAAAGUGUGAGGCUCGCCGACCCAAGUGGAUGCGUGUGGCUCGCGUUGAUGCCACAGAGUUGAAGGCUGACAUUGACAAUCUGGUGGAAAACACGGACUACUUUUUCCGUGUCAUUGCGGAGAACAGGAUGGGACUGAGCUCUCCAUUGGAGACAGACAAACCAGUGAAACCAGUCAGCCCAUACAAUCCACCAAGUGCCCCAGUCGGACCAAUCAAGAUCCUUCAAGUGUCCCGAGACUCAGCCUCCCUCAGCUGGGAACCACCUAUGUCUGAUGGUGGCUUACCAAUCACAAACUACCUGGUGGAGAUGCGGGAGGGAACCAGACGUAUGUACACCCACGUGGGUCGCACCGAGGCAGACCGCACAAAGAUCACUGUUCCUGGUCUACGAGAGGACGUCGAGUAUCACUUCAAGGUGUUUGCCGAAAACAAGGUGGGAACCAGUCCAGGGCUUGAGACACAGGACCCAGUCGUCCCGAAGAAGAAAUAUGAGGUACCAAGGCCCCCAGAAGCCUUCCACGCCUCAGACAUCAGCAAGACUUCCCUCACGUUGUCAUGGGAACCACCAUUUGGUGACGACACCAUCAGCGGUUACGUGAUAGAGAAGAAGAAACUCCACGGCGAUGACUGGUCUCGUGUUGUACGAGUUCCUGGCAAGGUGCGCAGUCACAAUGUCACCGGACUGCCCAUUGGUAGUCAGUUCAAUUUCCGCAUUGCUGCAGAAAACCCUGCUGGCAUGAGUGAGCUUGUUGAACUUCCAGUUGUUGUUGAGCUCAAAGGAAGCAAAGACAAACCCGGUGCCCCUGCUAAGGCCCCUGAAGUUCUAGAAGUAGGCCCCAAAUACUGCAGCCUGUCCUGGGAGCCCCCAGCAACGGACGGCGGGUCCCCUGUAACCGGUUACCACGUGGAGAAGGCGGACCUUUCCGGUACCCGCUGGAUGCCGGUAACCAAGGCACCAGUGAAGGACACAAAACUAAAGUUGACAGACCUGCUGGAGGAUAUUCCGUACAGUUUCCGAGUGCGUGCCGAGAACAAGGAGGGAGUCGGGGAGCCAUCCCCUUCGUCCGAGAACAUUUACUGUAGUUCUCGAAUUGCUACUGCCCCACCCAAGUUUAUCAAGGCGAUCAGCAAUCUGACUGUUUGUGAAGGAAAGGAGACCAAGUUUACGUGCGAAAUCACGGGCAUGCCACGCCCCGAGGUCACAUGGUAUAAAAACUAUCGUGAGAUCUUCAGUGGUCGUCGUUACGAGGUCAAGUCCGAAGGCACGACGUACACGCUGGUAAUCAGGUCGACUGAAGAGGCAGAUAUGGGCGGCAUUGAGUGCUCAGCAAGAAAUAAGUUUGGCAAUGCAUCGUCAAGGGCCACGCUCGAUGUUGAAUCUCUACCAAAGAUUCAUGACGUGCCUGCACGAUACUACGAAGGCUUGAAAUUCUGUUGUGGUGACAGCAUCCACGCCAGGAUAAUGUUCACUGGUCGACCCGAACCCAAAGUGACAUGGACCAGAGAUGGCAAAACUGUCGCAACAUCGAAACGCGUCGAGAUAAAAUCCACCAGUCGUCACAGUAUCAUAACAAUUGUUGAUGCCGUCAGAGCAGACAGUGGCAUGUACAAGCUGACUGUGGAAAAUAAACUCGGGAAAGAUGAACUUGAGUUCCAGAUAUCUGUAAUUGACCGACCCGACGCUCCACAAGGUCCAACCAGAAUUGAGAAUACAACCAAACACUCCGUGGACCUGUCAUGGCGAGAGCCCCUGAACAAUGGAGGCUCAGACGUGACCGGCUACAUCGUGGAAAAGAUGGACCUCACCACCAACGUGUGGCGCAGAGCAACCACGUCCACGUCUACAGCGGUAACGGUCAGUUGUCUGGAGGAACACAAGGAAUACAAGUUCCGAGUGCUGGCGGAGAACAUUGUUGGAAUCAGCGAGCCUGGACCUGACUCAGUCGUUGCCAUGACGCGCGAGCAGAUGCCUGAUAUUGACUACGAUGAAUUAUUUGAUUCCUCAUUCCGCGGUGACCAAGUUGACAUUGGAAAGAUACGAGGGGACGUCCUUGGAAAAUACAUCAUCUGCGAGGAGCUAGGUCGCGGCGCAUUCGGAGUGGUACAUCGUGCCAUCGAACGUGCAACUAAUAAAAACUGGGCGGCAAAGUUCAUCCACUGCAAACCAACCCAGAAGGAGCUUGUACGUCACGAGAUAGACAUCAUGAACAGUCUACACCAUCCCAGACUGAUGCAACUUCACGAGGCCUUCGAUCAGGCUGGAGAAAUGGUCAUGAUUCUUGAACUGUUGAGUGGAGGAGAGCUGUUUGACCGGCUGGUGCAGCAGGAGUAUGAGUUCUCAGAGCAGGACUGCAUCACGUACAUGAGGCAGAUCUGUCAGGGUGUGAGACACAUGCACCAGCAGAACAUCGUCCACCUUGAUAUCAAGCCUGAGAAUGUAAUGUGCGUCACCAAGGACAGCAACGAUGUGAAGAUCAUUGACUUUGGUCUUGCUCAGCGUCUCGAGGAAGGGAAGCAAGUGAAGGUCCUGUUUGGGACUGCAGAGUUCUGUGCCCCUGAAAUCAUCAACUAUGAGCCGGUGUCCUUUUCCGCGGACAUGUGGUCGCUGGGAGUCGUUUCCUACGUGCUACUAAGUGGCUACUCGCCUUUUGCGGGGGACAACGACCACGAGACGUUCAACUUUAUCAACAAGGUGGACUACGACUUUGACGACGAGGUGUGGGAAAAUGUGUCGGCAGAGGGCAAGGACUUCAUUAAGAAACUGCUUCUCAAGGACAAGAGUCAACGCAUGACCAUAGACGAGGCUCUAGACCACCCAUGGUUGAAUCCGCGUCACUGCAAGACAACCAGCGAUGAACAGGAGGGCGGGGCUCACCUGACAGGCAAGCCGUUGUCAAGGGAACACCACAAAGACUACAGACUGAGAAACAGGCACAAGGAGGAUGACUUUGACAUUCUUCCCAUUGGUCGUCUGGCCCGUGACAGCGCCAUCUUCAGGAAGGAGGGAGACUUUGGCGUGUUGCCAAGAAACAUCAUUAUGGAACUGCCUGACCACGCCCCAGUGCUGUGUGAGGAACUGGAAGAUAUCCAUGGUUACGAAGGCUCCAGAAUUGAGAUGUCAUGCAAGAUAACUGGCAAACCAGAACCCAACAUUGUCUGGACAAAGGAUGGCACAGAGAUAGUUGACUCAGCCAAGUACACAAUGAAGUACUCUGAGAACAUUGCCUCUCUCUUCAUCAAUGGCCUUGAACUUGAGGACGCGGGCCGCAUCACCUGCAAGGCCUCCAACGAGUUUGGCUCCGUGAAGACAAGUGCGUCCCUCACUAUUGAGGAGAUUCGCCAUCGCAGGAAGAGGCGAGAGGAGGCAGAAGAGAGGCUGAAACCCGUCCACUAUCCUAAGCAUGACUAUGACACCAGCAUGCGUGACACAGACAUUGCUCCUAGAUUCCUGCUGCCACUAGUUGACCAAACGAGAAAACUGGGCGAGUCCGUAGAAUUCAGCGUCACAGUCACAACACGACCUGAGCCACAGGUCACCUGGUACUACAAUGGGGUCAUGGUCACUGAAAGUGAGAACUUCACCUUUGAGCACACGACAGGCGUGUACAGACUUGUCAUCAGGCGAGUGGACAAAGAACACGCUGGUCAGUGGAGGUGUGUGGCCAACAAUGACCUUGGUCAGGCCUCCUGCUACUGUGACCUCAAGGUCAUUGAAUCUGUCCCAGACAAGUACAAGCCACCGAAGUUCACCCAGCAACUGGAGGACAUGACCAUCCUGGAAGGCACAGAGGCUCGCCUGGAAUGCCGGGUGGAGGGAACACCUAGAUGUGAUAUCCAAUGGUUCAAGGACAGAAAGUUGAUCCACCCAGGUCGCCAUUACUCCGUCACAAUUGAGGAGAACGUGUGUAUUCUGAGGAUCAGGGAGAUAUUCACAAGCGAUGAAGGACACUACAUGUGCCAUGCUGAAAACAAGGCUGGGUCUGCAUCCACUGAGGCUAGAGUCAGGGUUCAAGUCAGCAAACCUGUAGAGGAACCUCUGUUGCCAAGCACAGCCGGCCGAGACACUUUUGCCAAACCAACAGCAGACACACCGAAAUACUCCUACGAGAAGGCUCCCGAUUUCACAGCACGUCUGCAAAGCCGUUCAGUGAUUGAGGGUAACAAGAUCCGUCUGAUGUGCUCUGUCACAGGGGUACCUAACCCGCGCGUGACCUGGUUCAAGGAUGGCAUGGAGAUCACCCCUGGUGGACACUGUCUGCUAACGAACAACUAUGGUCUCGUUGAACCUUGAAAUUCUCUCGGCCUCAACCAAGGAUGCCGGUACCUACAGUGUGAAGGCAGUGAACGCGUUCGGAGAAGCAGAAUGCAGGGCCACAGUCUCAGUGGAAGCUGCCCGAAAAUCACCGUCACCAAAGCGUUACGAGAUCACCCGGAAACCAGCGUUCACCAUCAUGCCCCUUGACCUCACCGAUGAACGAAGGUCAGGAUGCGACCUUCACUUGCAAGGUCGAUGGAAAUCCGAUGCCAAC